AUGUCUUCUCCUCAGGACCGCGUCCAGCACUACAUUGGACAGCUCGACGCCGAGGUCAGUCGUCAUGCGACCGCGCUUUCCAAGUACCCCGCUCUGAACAACCUGGAGCGGACCACCUCAGUGCCCAAGGCCUAUGCUGUCAUCGGCUUGGUCGUCUUUUACUUCUUCCUCAUCAUCUUCAACCUCGGUGGCCAGCUCCUCACCAACCUGGCCGGCUUCGCCAUUCCCGGGUACUACUCUAUGGAGGCUCUGUUCACCACGACCACCAAGGACGAUACUCAGUGGCUUACGUACUGGGUUGUCUUUGCUUUCUUCACCGUCGUCGAGAGCUUCGUCAAUGUCGUCUACUGGUUCCCCUUCUACUUCACCUUCAAGUUUGUCUUCCUUCUGUGGCUGUCUCUGCCCGUCUUCCGGGGCGCCGAUGUCAUCUUCCGAUCUUUCAUGGUCCCCAUGUUCGGCCGAUACUUCUCGCACUCCGGCUCGACCGCCGCCGGCCUGCGCGGUAAGGUUGACACUGCCGGCAAGGCCGAGUAA